CCUCUUCUCUGCCUUUUAAAUCUCUCAUCGCUCAACUGCCUCACGCAAUUUUUAAUCCUUCUUCCUAAUGGAUUAUUACAGCUCUCCCUCCGGGAGCCACCACCGGACCACCGUAUCUACUGAGGCUGCCGUCCUCAAGGCUCUCCUCCUUGUUCAAUCCGAUGCUCUCGAUUCCAAGCUGCAAGGCGCCUGCGAAAUUCGCCGACUCACUAAAACCUCCCAACGAUGCCGCCGCCAGCUCUCGGAAUCAAUCCCCCACCUCGUCUCCAUGCUCCACCCACUCCACUACCCCGACUCUCACCUCGAGGCCGCUCUUCUUGCCCUUCUCAACCUUGCUGUUAAAGAUGAAAAGAAUAAGAUCAAGAUUGUUGAAGCUGGUGCCUUGGGACCAAUUGUUGGUUUUCUGCAAUCAGAGAGUUUGAUCCUACAGGAGAAUGCCACUGCUUCUUUACUCACUCUUUCAGCUUCUACUGUCAAUAAGCCGUUAAUAAGUGCUGCUGGUGCCAUUCCUCUCCUUGUGGAGAUUCUUAGAUGUGGAAGCCCACAAGCAAAGGCAGAUGCUGUAAUGGCCCUUUCCAAUCUUUCAACACUCCCAUCUAAUCUUAGCAUCAUUCUAGAUUCAAACCCCGUCCCUUCAAUAGUCAGUCUGCUGAAAACAUGUAAAAAAUCUUCAAAAACUGCUGAAAAAUGCUGCUCACUGAUUGAAUCCUUAGUUGGUUUUGAUGAAGGAAGAAUAGCGUUGACAUCUGAAGAAGGUGGAGUUCUUGCUGUUGUGGAAGUUCUCGAGAAUGGCUCUCUUCAAAGUCGCGAUCACGCUGUCGGUGCACUAUUGACAAUGUGCGAGAGCGACCGGUGUAAAUAUAGAGAACCUAUCUUAGGAGAAGGGGUAAUCCCUGGUCUUCUUGAACUCACUGUCCAAGGUACACCUAAAUCUCAGUCAAAGGCUAAAACCCUCUUAAGGCUAUUAAGGGACUCUCCAUAUCCAAGAUCUGAGCUUCAACCCGACACGAUCGAGAACAUUGUUUGUAAUAUUAUUUAUCAGAUCGAUGGAAAGGACGAUCAAUCUAGUAAAGCAAAGAAGAUGCUGGCAGAGAUGGUGCAAGUAAGCAUGGAGCAGAGCUUAAGGCAUUUACAACGAAGGGCUCUGGUAUGCACGCCCACUGAUAUGCCUAUGAAUAAUUCAUGCACCUCUGAAGUUUCUUCAAAGUAACAAAAUUUGUUCUCAUGCUUUGUCCAUGGAGUUUGUAAGAUAUAAACUUGUUUAGUUGUUACUAUUAGAGAACAGGAAAUGAAAAUAAGACAUAGGAGAAAGCAAGCCAGUCCAGGCAGGUCGUGGGAGUGUCGGGAGACUGGUAAAAUGCGAAUAAAACUUGGAAUGGGAUCUGUGUGGGGUUGAAAUCAUAGUGUUCUUUUUUCCUCUUCGCAUGUUUUAAAGGCACUGUUGUAUAACAGUAUAGAAAUAGCGGAGUUUCAAAGUGUUCAUUUCUUG